AUGCAUUUAUCAAAACCUCCUCGAAUUUUAUGCUUUCAUCUUUGCUCAUUGAUAACAGUUGCUAAGAGGCUAAUUGGCAGAAGAUUCACUGGUGAAACAGUACAGAGUGAUAUUAAACUCUGGCCCUUCAAGGUUCUUUCCUGGCCUCAUAAAGACAGUAAACCUGCAAUUGCGGUCACGUUUAAGGGUGAAGAAAAGCAAUUUGCUCCUGAACAGAUAUCCUCUAUGAUCUUAAUGAAGAUGAAAAAAACUGCAGAGGCAUAUCUUGGCUCAGAUGUUCAGAAUGCUGUCGUUACUGUUCCUGCGUGUUUCAAUGAUUCUCAACGUCAGGCAACUAAAGAUGCUGCUACUCUUGCUGGACUUCAAGUCAUGCGUAUUAUAGAUGAACCAACAGCUGCUGCCAUUGCCUACGGUCUUGAGAAGAAGGCUGUUAAUCAAAAGCAUGCUAUAAGGAAUGUAUUGGUGUUUGAUCUUGGUGGCGGGACUUUUGAUGUUUCUUUGGUGCUUUUGGGAAAAGGUCUAUUUGAAGUUAAAGCUGGAACGCUCACAUCAACCACAGAGACUACUAUUGAAGUAGAUUGCCUCUAUGAGGUCUAUGAGGGUACUGAUUUCUCUUCUACCAUUUCCCGGGCUCGAUUUGAAUUAUUGAAUAUGGAUUUAUUUAGGGAUUGCAUGGGCAUUGUUGAAAAGUGUUUGAAGGAUGGCAAGAUGGAAAAGAGUGAUAUCAAUGACUUUGUUAUUGUGGGUGGGUCAACUCGCAUCUCUAAGGUUCAAAAAUGUUGCAAGAUUUUUAAUGGAAAGGAGCUCAGCAAAAGCCUUAACCAAGAUGAGGCUGUUGCAUAUGGGGCAGCCAUUCAUGCU